AUGGAAGAGGAGGUCCUCCUGGGACUGGCAGCGGGGUUCCUGGCGCCGCCCCUCCUGGUGCGCCCGCACGACGACCCUGCAGACAUUGGGCACGACCUCAAAAUGCUGACCCUCGGCGUGGCCGCCAGCUCCAGCCUAAUCGCCGCGCUCACCGUGCUGCUGUUCAAGGACAGGCCCGAGCUGCCGCCCAGCCCGGCGCAGGCCCAGGAGCGAGCGGGCCGCCCCGAGGUGACCUGCCAGGGGUUCGCCAGAGCGCUGCGCCGGCUGUGGGCCAACGGCAACUACCGGCUCAUGCUGGCGUGCAACGGCAUCGCCAAUGGCUCGCUGAACGUGGUGGUGACUGUGCUCAGCCCUGUCGUCCUUAGCCACUUCCCGGACGGACAGGAGUUCGCCGGCCGGGUGGGGGUCGUCAUCAUCCUGGCUGGGUUGCUGGGGUGCGUGGUGUUCGGCGCGCUGCUCGACAGGACUCACAAGUACAACAUUUUCCUAGUGGGGUUCAUGCCAAUCGCGCUGGAGAUGUCCGCCGAGGUUACGUACCCCGAGUCGGAGAGCACCGUGGGCAACCUGCUCUUCAUCCCCAGCAACGUGCUCGGCAUCGCCAUGUCCAUGGCCUUCACCGAGAUCAUGCAGCGUUGGGGUGAUCUGAGCGCCAUCUUGUUCGUGUGCGCGUCGCUGGCGGCAGGGGCGCUGCUGGCCUCGUUCGUUGGCCGCGACUACCGCAGACUGGCGGCCAACAGCGGCGAUAAGCCUGCUCCCAGCCGGGGGAAACAUGAACUAAUAGUAAACUAG